AUGGCGGUGCGGCGGGGGGGCUCAGGCCGUGUGGCCAGCGAGCCGCGGCUCGCCCCGUUCCGGAGGUUCAACCAGGACCUUAUCUGCAGGAACACUUUUCAGAAGCCGUUUCAUCUCGCGUAUGACGAGUACGAGCGUGUCAAGGACUUGCAGUUCAUCAAAGACCUCUUCACGUCGGCCGACCAGAACGGCAAUGGGACACUCGAGUACAAGGAGUUCGCGAGGUGCAUGAGCCACCCGGCGACGUUCCGGGUCUUCAACGAGCGCUUCGGCCUGCAGCGUCACCAGACGCCAGUGGUAUUCCGUGCAUUUGAUCUCGACGGAAGCGGGAGUAUCAGUUUGCCGGAGUGGUUCGAGACUUGCACGUUCCUGAUGCAGGUUGUGAAGGACGGCGACGUCAUCACCAAUUGGCGCCAGAAGGACAUGCGGGCGCUGAAGGACAAUUGGGAGUCCUGGAACAUCAAGUACCCUCGCCAGCAGCACCGGGCGAUAGCGCCAGGGAGCCCACAGGGCGCCGGCAGCCAAGACCGCCCGAGCGGCCCGUCGACGCCGGUGACCCCGAAGCGCGCCGUGGCCGCGGCGGAGCGCAGCGGCUCCCGGAUGUGCCUCACGGCGCCAGCGGCGCUGGGCGGCAGGUCGCCCCUCCUGCGGCACUCCUCCAGCGCCCUCUCCGCCGCCGAGGACGUGGCGAGCCCCAGGAACGCGUGCGCUGCCAGCGCCCCCGGCGGCAUGCUUGACCCUCACGGCGCGGGCGGUGCUGCCAAGGCGCCAGGCCGCGGCGGCGCCGCCCGCGGGGGCAUGCUGCAGCGGGAGCCCGCCUCGGCGGCGCGCCAAAGAGGGGGGGGGGCUGCCCGAGGCGGCAGGAGUUUUCAGAGGAGGAACAGGUACACGUACCACUACGCUGCCCUCGCUUUCGCUCCUUUUUUGGGGGCCUCCUGGUGGCAGGCCUUCGCUGCCACCGCUGGACUCGCCUCGAAAUUCUGGUCGGGGCGCACCCUGGGAGAGGUCCAGGGAGUAGCUCGGAAGCCGGGCAAGGGCUGCUAA